AUGAAAGAUAAUUUGGUUAAAUAUAAUAAAUAUUUAAAAUACGAUAAUCCUAUAAUUAUAGAAAAUAAUGAAGGAAGUAAUAAAAAUUCGAAAGAUGAAAAAAAUAUGAAAGAAAAAAAUAUCGUUAGGGUAAUAGAAAAAAUUCGUAAAAAUUUAAAAUCAAGUAUACUAUAUAAAAAUGGGAAUAAAAAUAUAUAUCUUUUUAAUGAUCCAAUUUAUGAUAUUUUUCCAAUUAAAUAUUAUAAUGAAAAAAAGACAGAAUAUAUAUCUUAUGUAUCAAAAUUAACAAAUGAUGAUGAUAUAUUUUUAUGUCUAAAAAAAAUAUUUGAGUGUACUACAAAUAUUUAUUCCAAUUACAUGAUUAUAAAGGAUGAACAUUUAGAAGAAUUAUUAUCAAUUUUUAUGGAAAUUUGUAGACAGGUCUCCACCAUUUCUUUUCCUCGAGGAAUUUUACUUAAGCAAUUGUUUAACUACAAUGUAAUAGUUUUGAUACAUUACCAUAAGUUGGUUAAAUCAUCAAUAACAUUCAACUUAAAGAAACAAACAAAACAAAAUGAUACGCUAAACAAUUAUAUCAACCAAAUUGAAGCACAAAAAAAACAAAUAAAUGAUUUGAAAAAUAGUGUGUUAUUAACUGAACAAAUUAUUCAAACUGAAAAAACAAAUUUCCAAAAAGAGCUUUCUAAAGAAACAUUAAUAUAUGAAAACAAAAUAGACAAAUUGAAAAAAGCUAACCAACGUAAAAAGGAUGACUUUACUAGAAUACUUCAAUUGUAA